CCAUCUCUCCAGCCCUCUAUUUCUUUUUUUAAACAGAUCAUUACUGCAAUUAUUUAUUCUGUGUGUGAGCCCACAUAUGCAGGUAUGCCUCAGUGCACAUGUAGAGGGCAGAGGGCAAUUUUCAGGAGUUGUUUCUCUCCUACUAUGGGUCCCAGAGACAGUACACAGUUCAUCACAACAUCACAACCAAGUGAGUUCCAGGGACUGACCGACAGGCUUGAAAGCAAGCACCUUAAAUUGCUGAGCAGUCUCACCAGUUCCCUCCCUCCCUGAGCCUGACCCACCACUCUCUCCAGCCACAAAUGCUUGAGAUUUGAUCUUAUGCAGGUGAACCAUCUCCCCACUGUCUAAGAGGAUAUAAGACACAAAUAGAAUGCAAUAUGUAAUUACUAAUUUAGUACUUCAGAUGCUCAGACGAUCGGGAGAUAGAUGAUGCUAGAUAUAUAGGCACAUACACGCUAGGUGGUGCUCUACCACUAAGCAGAUAUAAACACUUUGUUUUUGAGAGCUUGGGCUGGCUUUGAGCGCUUAUGUUUGAGCUCUUGCCUCAACCUGCCUCUAUAUUUUUGAUUUUUUUUUUUUUUUCAGUCUCAGUUGAUUCUCCAUCACUGGCUAGAGUGCUGAUGAAUGUUUGGUCAAAGAACAAGCCUGCCCCCACCUGGUAGCAAGAGGCACUGCCUCCUUGUAGUGGAAAAGGGAACUAUGCAAAUGAGUAGAGCUUCAUUUGGCACUGGGAGACCCAAGUGGAGAAGUUCUGUCAGUCUCUGUUUUAGGGACUUGAACAUGUUAAACAUACUCCGCACCACUAAGCUAUAGCCCUAACACUAUUUAUUGAUGUAAUAAUUUAUUUUUCUAUUUACUUUCAUACUCAUGUGAGUGGGUGCUAUGUAGCAAGUGUGGUGUUCAGGAGAUCAUUUUUUUUGUUUGUUUGUUUUUUUUUUCGAGACAGGGUUUCUCUGUAUAGCCCUGGCUGUCCUGGAACUCACUCUGUAGACCAGGCUGGCCUCAAACUCAGAAAUCCGCCUGCCUCUGCCUAGGAGAUCAUUUUUGAGGGUUGGUUCUCUCCUUCCACCAUGUGAGUCCCUGGGAUUAAACUCAGGUCAUUAUACUUGACAGCAGAGGCUAUUACCCAUUUAGCCAUCUCACCAGGUCCUAAGUUAGGUUCUUCUGUCUUUUAUGGUCCUGAGGAUUGACCUCUGGGGCCUUGUGUGUGCUUGGCAAGGAAGUGCUCCUACUACUGAACUAUGCCCUAGUCUAACUAAUAGAUUAAUUAAUUUUAAAGGUUUAUUUACUUGAUGUGUGUGGGUGUUUAAUGUCUGCACAUAUCAUGUGUGUGCAAUGUUCGUGGAGACCAGGCAGAGGGCAUAGGAGCUCCUGGAACUGGAAUUAUAUAUGGUUGUUAGCUGCCUUGUGAGGGCUGGGACUUGAACCCUGGUUCUGUGGACUAGCAAUCAGUCCUCUUAAGCACUGAGCCAUCUCUCCACCCCCCACUAUUAAUUUAUUUUUGAGAUCAUGUUUCCCUCUGUAGCCUAGGUUGACUUAGAACUUGUAAUUUUCCUGCCUCAGCCUUCCAGAGUGUUAGGAUUACAGGUGCACCUUAAACCCAAUUCCCUUCUACUUAGUUUUUUUGAGGCUAUUUAGGAAUAUGACUCCCCUCUAUUAAUAGCUGGUACCCACAAAUUCUACCUUUUCAUUUCCUUCUUUGUGUGGUCUGUUCAAGACACCCUAUGUUACAUAGGUCCUUUUUCGCAUGAUGCAUAAAUGAUGAUGGUUCUGAUGGGGUCUAGGUUACUGGCUUGUGUACUUCCAGUAAUUUUGGUUUUGCUUCAGCAUGGAAGAACUGUUUCAAGGUUAUCAAAGACAAGCUGAAUCGAUGUGACGUUAGGACUUGAUAAUGUUAGACUGCAUUCAGCACGUGAUGGGAUGUUCUGGAUGUGCUGUGACUCAGUGCUUCCUGGUCACUUUGUACUUUGGUUACAAGUGAUAAAUGUCCUGUGGUUCAGUCCUAUGGUCUUUGCAUUCUCAGUGGCUCAGCUGUGCCCCUCCCUUUCUCACUUCUAAAAGAUUCAGGUGCUCCUCUCACCAGUGUAUUCCUGCUGACUUGGGUAUUCCUGCACCGUUGGGCUUCAGUUCUCAUUAUGGCUUCACACAAUCAACCCAUCCCAGCAUAUCUAUUGUAUUUACCCCAGUUUUGUCUUUGCUGUUUGUUUUUGAGUCAGGGUCUUAUGUCGCCCAGGCUGGCCUCAAACUUGUCGCGUGGUUGAGGGUUACUUUGAACUUUUCUUUUUUUUUUCUUUUUUUUUUUUUUUAAGAUUUAUUUAUUUAUUUAUUUGUUAUAUGUAAGUACACUGUAGCUGUCCUCAGACACUCCAGAAGAGGGCGUCAGAUCUCGUUACAGAUGGUUGUGAGCCACCAUGUGGUUGCUGGGAUUUGAACUCCUGACCUUCGGAAGAGCAGUCGGGUGCUCUUACCCACUGAGCCAUCUCACCAGCCCCUACUUUGAACUUUUCAUGCCUCCACUUCCUGGGGUUUUAGGCCUGUGCCUCCUCUGUGCCUGGUUUAUGUGGUGCUAAGGAUAGAACUCAGGGCUUUCAAAUGCUAAGCAAGCACUGGCUGAGCUCCACCCCCAGUCCUUCAUCCUUCACUGCUUUGGUGUUGCAGAUUGAACCCUGGGCCUUGCACAUGGUAGGAAAGCACCGGUCUUCUGAACUGCAUCGUCAGUCCUUUAAGUUUAUAUAGUCAACUGUGUUAGUUAUUGUGUUCUAUCCCUGGUAAGGGAAAGCAAUCUACGUAGAGCAUUGAGAGAUGCUGUCACUUGAGUCAGAGCUUGAAGGAGGAAGAGUAACUUAGCAGGAAGAUCCAAACAGCAGGACAGCAUGCACAGGAGGCAUUAAGAAUGGAAACACCCUGUGUGUCGUGACUCUGGCAGGUGCUAGAAAGCUGCUGUGGCUGAACAGUAGUGAUUAGGAAGGGUGCUGCUGAAAAGACUGAUGGGAGCUCACGUCUCCUCUCUAAGAUGCUUAGGAAUAGAUUUCUGCCACUUGGAGGUGGGGGCGGGGAGAUACUGUGUUACCUUAAAUUUUACUUACUUUGUGGAGGGCAGUGCGCAUGUGUGGAGGGCAGUGCGCAUGUGUGGAGGGCAGAAGACAGCUCCUGGGAAUCAGUUCUCCUUUCACUGAUCUUCACUGAUCACUGAGGAGUGAGCUCAGGUUUGCUGGCUAGGCACCUUCACCAGAGGAACAUCUUUUUUCUCUUUUUGGUCUUUUUUUUUUUAAAGAUUUAUUUAUUCAUUAUAUGUAAGUACACUGUAGCUGUCUUCAGACGCUCUCGUUAAUGGAUGGUUGUGAGCCACCAUGUGGUUGCUGGGAUUUGAACUCCGGACCUUCAGAAGAGCAGUAGGGUGCUCUUACCCACUGAGCCAUCUCACCAGCCCUUUGGUUUGGUUUUUUGAGACAGGGUUUCUCUGUGUAGCCAUGGCUGUCCUGGAACUCACUCUGUAGACCAGGCUGGCCUCGAACUCAGAGAUCCACCUGCCUCUGCCUCCCGAGUGCUGGGAUCAAAGGUGUGCGCCACCACGCCCGGCUCCAGAUGAACAUCUGGUUGGUUUGAUCCAUCUUGUUUUCAGUUUGGUUGAUUGAAACACCAUGUUUCUAAUGAGCAUUUCAUCAAACCCUUUCAAGGAGUGCUUCUGCUUCACAGUCCACAAACCUUGAGCUUUCACGCUGUGUAUAAACUCUGCAUUGGACUUUUCUUAUCUGUCAUGCCCAGGGCAAGGUAGGACUCUUAUCAACUAUGAACACUAGCAUGACCCUUAGCCUCUUCCCUCUUCCUAGGAGCUGGUGUAUAGACUUUUCUCUAGUGAGGCCGGGGAGGACUUUGGGAAUUCAAAAGGACAGUGGCAGGUGAUGAGACUUUUCAUAUCCCUUCCUCUCUACUGUUCUGGCCUUGGCUUCUGCUUUCUUCCAAAUACAUAGCAAUCUUGGCUGCCGGCCUACGUGGGGAGAGGGAGAAAGGACCUGUUGUUUCCUUCCGAUUCUCUCUGAAAAUAACCUAAUUGGAACACAAAGUUCCUGAAAUUGUUGGCACCUCCUAGAGUUGAUGUUCACUUUUCACUUGUCCCUGCUGCUAACCCAGUCUGCCCCAUUUACCCUUCCUCUUGCCAAGGACCUCUGCCGGGGGAAUUUGAGAAACUUUCAAAGUGUGAGGGAACUAAGCUGGUUCCAGGGCCUAGCAUAGUCAACUGAUGUAGCCCGGCACACUAGAGGGUUUGAGAGUUAUUGCAAGGUGGUUAAGAGUUAGAACAGGGGCUGGAGAGAUGGCUCAGCAGUUAAGAGCACUCACUGCUCUUUCAAAGGUCCCGAGUUCAAUUCCCAGGAACCACAUGGUGGCUCACAACCAUCUGUAACGAGUUCUGACGCCCUCUUCUGGUACAUCUGAAGACAGCUACAGUGUAGUCACAUAUAAUAAGUGAGUAAAUAGUUCUUCUGGUGCAUCUGAAGACAGCUACAGUGUAGUCACAUAUAAUAAGUGAGUAAAUAGUUAAAAAAUAGUAAAUAGUUAAAAAAAAAAGAAAAAAAGAGUUAGAACAGCUUGUAUAUUAAAAGGGUAGGUGCCUCAAUACCUUCGGAAUGUUUAUUACAGCCCCAUUAAUCUCUUCUGGAUGCCUGAUUCCCAGUAAUCCAACAUUCUUGCUAGUAACUAGGGUAAGAUAAUAAGGGUAGUGACCACUUCAAUUCUGCAGUUGAAUUUUAAAAUCAAGAAGAACGGAUUAGAGUUGAUCCUAUGCAGUUGAUGAAGCAAAGGAUUGGAGUGGGUGCCCAGUAAAUAGUUGCUGCCUGAGGAAUUAAAUUCAAGGAGUCUUGAAAGGUGAGUACGUGUAAGCCCCGAGGAGAAUCCAGGAACUCAGCUAAGUCCGGAGUAUGAGAAGAUGUACGUAAAGCAGAAGUGAGAUGUAGUGCCAAGGUCUGUGUGAAGUUGGGGAGAUCAGCCUGAGCCGUGCUUGGGGCGAAGGGAUCACGAUGUGGAUGGAGACUGGUGUCAUCUUGUGGAGAGAAAAGAGGCCUCGCAGGGCACCAUGAGCCAGGACACCGAAGUGGACAUGAAAGAUGUGGAGCUGAACGAGCUAGAACCGGAGAAGCAGCCCAUGAAUGCAGCGGACGGGGCGGCGGCCGGGGAGAAGAACGGUCUGGUGAAGAUCAAGGUGGCGGAGGACGAGACGGAGGCCGGGGUCAAGUUCACCGGCUUAUCCAAGGAGGAGCUACUGAAGGUAGCGGGCAGCCCUGGCUGGGUGCGCACCCGCUGGGCGCUGCUGCUGCUCUUCUGGCUCGGUUGGCUGGGCAUGCUGGCGGGCGCCGUGGUUAUCAUCGUUCGGGCGCCGCGCUGCCGUGAGCUGCCUGUACAGAGGUGGUGGCACAAGGGCGCCCUCUACCGCAUCGGCGACCUUCAGGCCUUUGUAGGCCGGGAUGCGGGAGGCAUAGCUGGUCUGAAGAGCCAUCUGGAGUACUUGAGCACCCUGAAGGUGAAGGGCCUGGUGUUAGGCCCAAUUCACAAGAACCAGAAGGAUGAAAUCAAUGAAACCGACCUGAAACAGAUUAAUCCCACUUUGGGCUCCCAGGAAGAUUUUAAAGACCUUCUACAAAGUGCCAAGAAAAAGAGCAUUCACAUCAUUUUGGACCUCACUCCCAACUACCAGGGCCAGAAUGCGUGGUUCCUCCCUGCUCAGGCUGACAUUGUAGCCACCAAAAUGAAGGAAGCUCUGAGUUCUUGGUUGCAGGACGGUGUGGAUGGUUUCCAAUUCCGGGAUGUGGGAAAGCUGAUGAAUGCACCCUUGUACUUGGCUGAGUGGCAGAAUAUCACCAAGAACUUAAGUGAGGACAGGCUUUUGAUUGCAGGGACUGAGUCCUCUGACCUGCAGCAAAUUGUCAACAUACUUGAAUCCACCAGCGACCUGCUGUUGACCAGCUCCUACCUGUCAAAUUCCACUUUCACUGGGGAGCGUACUGAAUCCCUAGUCACUAGGUUUUUGAAUGCCACUGGCAGCCAAUGGUGCAGCUGGAGUGUGUCGCAAGCAGGACUCCUCGCAGACUUUAUACCGGACCAUCUUCUCCGACUCUACCAGCUGCUGCUCUUCACUCUGCCAGGGACUCCUGUUUUUAGCUACGGGGAUGAGCUUGGCCUUCAGGGUGCCCUUCCUGGACAGCCUGCGAAGGCCCCACUCAUGCCGUGGAAUGAGUCCAGCAUCUUUCACAUCCCAAGACCUGUAAGCCUCAACAUGACAGUGAAGGGCCAGAAUGAAGACCCUGGCUCCCUCCUUACCCAGUUCCGGCGGCUGAGUGACCUUCGGGGUAAGGAGCGCUCUCUGUUGCACGGUGACUUCCAUGCACUGUCUUCCUCACCUGACCUCUUCUCCUACAUACGACACUGGGACCAGAAUGAGCGUUACCUGGUGGUGCUCAACUUCCGAGAUUCGGGCCGGUCAGCCAGGCUAGGGGCCUCCAACCUCCCUGCUGGCAUAAGCCUGCCAGCCAGCGCUAAACUUUUGCUUAGUACCGACAGUGCCCGGCAAAGCCGUGAGGAGGACACCUCCCUGAAGCUGGAAAACCUGAGCCUGAAUCCUUAUGAGGGCUUGCUGUUACAGUUCCCCUUUGUGGCCUGAUCCUUCCUAUGCAGAACCUACCACCCUCCUUUGUUCUCCCCAGGCCUUUUGGAUUCUAGUCUUCCUCUCCUUGUUUUUAAACUUUUGCAGAUUACAUACGAAUUCUUAUACUGGGUGUUUUUGUCUUCAAAUAAAAACAUCACCCCUGCCUCAUGA